CGUCGGCGUCGUUUACCAGUCGCCUCCCCCCGCCCGGGUCGUCGGUCUCGUCUCGGCGGCCUCUCCCUCCCUCCGGUCUUCGCACACGGUUUCCAUCCCGCCCCACCAAAGAUCCGAUCAAACCAAAGGCGCCAUCCUUGUCCCGGUCGGCGCCUUCCUCGCCAUUUCCGCGUACACGUCCCAGCGUGGAUCUUGUGGCUUCCGCGGCGGCGGAGCAUUCGGCGCGCGGCGGCUCAGCUAUAGCUGCCUAUAUACUCCGGUGAGUCCCUGCUUCCUCGGACCUCUCGAAGGCCGAUUGCGAUGGUGGUUCUUCUACGCGUGUACUGUACCACUACAAGGGAAAAGAGGACAAGUAUUGCUCUGAAGUGAGAUACGCUUGGGGGCAGAUUUUGGAGAACUCUUGGUCUAAAGUGUGAGAGAUUUGAAGAUAUAUUUUGGACAAAUUGUGGCCUAAAGUGAGAUAGGUCUGGAGGCAAACUAUUGUGUCCGUCAGCGUGCUCAUGUGGGACAUCGGAUACAAAUGAGGCACAUCACACUUCUUUACUGGAGGACCGGAGACAGAUAACGUUAUGGUAGCCGCUACAGCUACAGAAAUGUUUCUUGUGUGCUUUGAAUCCUUGUGCCCCUGCUUUCGCUCGAAAAGGAAGGAUGGAAGUGAAGAUCCUGUUCUUGCAAAAGACGGAAAUUCCUUGAGUUCUUCUGAAAUGAGGUCAAUUUCUGACAGAAUUCCCUCGAGCCCUCUUCGGGUACCUGCAAGUCCAUCUAGAUUUUCAUUAUCUUCACCGCCAAGUAGAAAUGAUCCAUUGAACCUCAGUCUUGAAACGGUUAUUAAACUGACACGUAACUUUUCGCCGGCCUUGAUGAUUGGCGAAAGUUAUUUUGGAAAGGCCUACAGAAUGGACUUGCAAAAUGGCCUUAUUGUGGCUAUUAAAAGGGCAAGAAAGGAACAUUUUGCUUCUUUACACGCAGAAUUCAAAAAUGAAAUUGCACUACUAAAAAAAAUCGAACACAGGAAUCUGGUCCAGUUACUUGGAUAUAUUGACAAAGGGAAUGAAAGAAUUGUCAUAACCGAGUUCGUGGCAAAUGGCACUCUUAGGGAACAUUUGGAUGGACUACAUGGGCUAAUAUUGGGCUUCGGUCAGCGUCUUGAAAUAGCCAUAGAUGUUGCCCAUGGAUUAACUUAUCUGCAUCUAUAUGCAGAGAAGCCCAUUAUACACCGGGAUGUGAAGUCAUCAAACAUUCUACUAACUGAAGGCUUCAGGGCAAAAGUAGCCGACUUCGGAUUUGCAAGAAUUGGUUCAACAGAUCCAGGCCAGUCAGAGAUUCAAACUGAUGUGAAAGGAACAGCUGGCUAUGUGGAUCCAGAGUAUCUGCGGACAAACUAUCUGACAGUCAAGAGUGAUGUGUUCUCUUACGGCAUCUUGCUCCUGGAAAUCCUAUCAGGUCGUCGUCCUAUUGAGGUGAACAGAGGAGGAAGAGAAAAGAUUACCGUGCGAUGGGCCUUCGAGAGAUAUAACAAAGGCAAUGUCCAGGAGAUACUGGAUCCGAUGUUGACCGAAGCAGUAAACGAGGAUAUACUGAAUAAGAUUUUCGAUGUGAUGUUCCAAUGCGUCGCUCCUACCCGCGCUGACAGGCCACAUAUGAAAGAGGUUGUGGAGAAGCUCUGGAAGAUACGGAGGGACUACGCUAAAACCCAAAACAGAGCAGAAGGGUCUCUUUAAACCAUCUUACACUGGGUUAUUGACUGCUUUUUUUUCGCUUGAGAGAGCAUGGGUGAACUCGGUUCUUGUUAAGGCUGAACAUUGCCGUGCAUUUUUGUCGAACACGAACAGCUGAAAUCUGUACAGGGUUGUGACACUAUUGUUGCACAUUGUGUAUAUAGCUGUGUUCAUGUUUAAGAGAUCGAUUUGAUGCACGUUGACCUUGAAUGGAUGAAUUCCGUGUAGAGGCACUGUUCAGUGUUUCAGUGAUAUGUGCCCUGGAGAAAGUGCAGUGGUGCAGAUUGCAGUGCAGCUUCUGUGUGUGUAGUUUUAGAAACUGUCUAAGCAUUGUCGACUUGUAUAAGAUUCAGGAAGAGACUGGAACAGUUUUUUUC